GAGCAAUCCUCGCCUUUUAUUCCGGUUAACGAGUUUAAGAAAGUGCAACAAAGGCCGCAAAGAAUCUUGCCUUGUCUGCCACCAGUCGUUCAGGAAAUUCUUCGCUGGAGCAUCCAUCCACAAGAAGUUUUGCGAGGUGCAGCUUCAGUGCGACACCUGUGGAGCCUUCCAACAAUUGAGGAGGAAAAACUUCUGAGUGUUCAGAAAACUGAGGCAAAAUCUCAGUCGGAAGUUGCGACGGUGGAAGAAAUUCUGCCAAGCGGUCUGCCGACAGAGAACCGAGCACUGCUGAGUAACCAGGCGAGAGCUGGACUAAAAACGCUAGCUAUCUUUAGGGCAGAAUUCCGGAGGCGGAUGUUACCAACUCUUUCUACGAUCAAAGAAAUAACAUCACCGAUUCCCCCACAAGUGCCUUCAAUGCAGCGAUCUGACGAGGCAUUUUACAAGCUGAAGAGGAGUAGAGUCCAAGGCAUAUGCCAAUCAAAGGCGACAGAAGAAACUCCACCACCGCCUAAGAAGAAAGAGUUGCUGUGCGCAAAGUCGAAGGAGAAAGAAGCACCGAAGAGACGCAAAAUUAAACCUGUUGUUAAUGAAUCUCAAAGCACGCUUCCUCUUCUAGCAAAAUUACAUAGACCAAGAAAGACAGUAUUUCACUCGUCUGCUGAAGAAGGCGGACUGAGUCCUCGCCAACCAGAAUUGCCGAGAAUUCACGCGGCACGUGAAUUUUUGAUACCAGUUCCACCAUCCACACCAAAGCCGACCAUAUGGCGAAAACGCCCGAAGAGUCAAGCUACUGUAGAUCGAAAGCUGCCAAGCAUUCAGUUAAAACAAGGGCUAAUGACACCAAAACCUCCCUCAACACCGAAGGCGACCCGAAUGCAUCCAAAGAUUCAAUCGACAUUAGCCCGACCACUGCCGAACGUUCAAGAGAUACAAGAAACCACUUUGCCUAAGCCACCUUCUACACCGAAGCCGACAGUAAUCCGAAGACGACCC